AUGUCGCUGUCAGUGGUGAAGAUGUGUGAGAAAGAAAAAGAAUCUGGAGAGGACAGAGAGGGGCCAGUCUGCUCUGCUAGCUGCAGGCGGGCGGCAGCUGCAGCACCAAUGGAUAGGAGUUGGAUAGGCGAUGCGAACCAUAUCUCCACUCAAUAUUUGGAUGGGGUCAGGGCUUUCUUAGAUUUUGCGUUCAAAGAUAGGAACUCUGAUGCUUCCAUCUAUUGUCCCUGUACGUCAUGUGAAAAUCGCAUAACAAAAUCUCGUAGGGAUAUCUUGCUCCAUUGUAUUCGCUAUGGAUUAGACCAAUCCUACAAGUGCGCAACAGCAGAGGACACCGGGCCGGGGCCCAGUAACGCCGAACCUCUUAAUGAUAAGGAGGAUGAGCAUAUACAUCAUGACAGUAAGGGGUACAGAAAAAUGUUAGAAGAUGUUUUGUGCCACUGGUCUAAUAAAUCUAUUGACUUGUUGUUAGAGUUGUUAAGGGAUGCACUUCCAGACGAUGUUGUCCUCCCGAAGAACUUCUACGAGGCUAACAAGAUCACGAAGGACUUGGGGUUCACAUGCAAGACUAUCCAUGCAUGCAUCAACAAUUGCAUGUUGUUUAUCGGGGAAGAUGUUCACCGUGAUGCUUGUGUUGUGUAUGGGGAGAAAAGAUUCACACAGGGUAAAGAUAGAUCUCCCGUGAAGCAGUUGAGGUACUUUCCGUUGAUUCCCCGAUUGCAGAGAUGGUUCUUAUCUUCCAAAACUGCAUCUUCUAUACGAUGGCAUGCCAAAGGGCGUGUCGAUGAUGGCAAGAUGCGUCACCUAGCAGAUAGUCCUGCGUGGAAGGGGUUUGAUCAUCGGUACCCCACGUUUGCUGAGGAUAUUCACAACGUACGCCUUGGGUUGGCCACCGACGAUGGUCCGCAAGGCCCGGGGGAUCGGAUCGACGUCUUCCUUCAACCUUUGAUGGAUGAGUUGAAGGAGCUUUGGUAUGACGGUGUUCGGACAUACGAUGCGAGAAGCAAAGAGGACUUCCAAAUGCGAGCUACGUUGCUGUGGACCAUCAGUGAUUUUCCAGGUUAUGGUAUGUUGUCAGGGUGGCCAACUCGUGAGGCGAAUGCAUGUCCUGUUUGUGGUGUGAAAACUCAUUCCAGGUAUCUAAAAGUUGGCCACAAAUAUAGCUACUGUGGGCAUCGAAGGUUCCUACCGAGUGGGCAUAGAAUGCGUUAUCAUAAGCAUGCAUUUGACGGUAUGAUGGACUUUGAGACAAAGCCGUCUCGCUUGACUUCCAAUGAACUGCACCAGCAGUUUCAGGAUGUGCGAACUGAGUACUGUAAGGUUGAUCUUAUUCAGAAGGUUGUUGCACAGUGA